CUCCAAUCCACCCACCUCGCCGCCCGUCGCCGUCGCCUCGUCGCCGCCACUCACCUCUCACCAACAAUCGCGACGACGAAAAGAAAAAAAAAAAAAGAAUCUCGUCUCACCCCCAAUGGCGCAGAUCAUCGACGGGAAGGCGGUCGCCGCCGACAUCCGCCGCGAGGUCGCCGCCGACGUCGCCGCCCUCUCCUCCGCCCACAACCUCGUGCCCGGGCUGGCGGUGGUGAUCGUGGGGAGCAGGAAGGACUCGCAGACGUACGUGCAGAUGAAGCGCAAGGCGUGCGCCGAGGUCGGCAUCCGCUCCGUCGACGUCGACCUCGCCGAGGACAUCUCCGAGGCGGCGCUCGUCGCCGAGGUCCACCGCCUCAACGCCGACCCAGCCGUCCAUGGCAUACUUGUCCAGCUUCCAUUGCCAAAGCAUAUUAAUGAGGAAAAGAUAUUGAACGAGAUCAGCUUAGAGAAAGAUGUUGAUGGGUUCCAUCCUCUGAAUAUUGGCAAGCUUGCAAUGAAAGGCAGAGACCCACUGUUCCUACCAUGCACGCCGAAGGGAUGCAUGGAGCUCCUAACACGGAGCGGAGUUACCAUCAAUGGGAAGCGAGCGGUCGUGGUUGGCCGCAGCAACAUUGUCGGGCUACCUGUAUCCCUGCUUCUUCUGAAGGCGGAUGCGACCGUAUCCAUUGUUCACUCCCGGACCCCAAACCCUGAAAGUAUUGUCCGUGAAGCAGACAUUGUCAUUGCAGCGGCUGGCCAGGCUAUGAUGAUCAAAGGAGACUGGAUCAAACCAGGCGCUGCUGUCAUCGACGUUGGGACGAACUCCAUCAGUGACCCAACCAGGAAAUCGGGGUACAGACUCGUCGGCGAUGUGGAUUUCGCAGAGGUGAGCAAGGUUGCUGGUCACCUGACUCCAGUCCCAGGUGGCGUUGGCCCCAUGACGGUGGCGAUGUUGCUGAAGAACACGGUGGAUGGAGCGAAACGUGGUAUAGUUCAGUAAAGUUUCCAUCUUGUAUGCUGUAACUGCAAGGAUGAUGUUGUAAUUGAGUGCAUUUCUGGACAAAUUCGUUCUCAUUUUUGUUGUGUGACGGUUAUUUCGAGAAUAAUAAGAAUAAGUUUGUCUGUCAUCAA